AGUAGUUAUAAAAAAUAAUAUUUUAAAAUAAUUUUGGUUUAAAAUAAAGUGAGGGUAUACUUUGGUACAGUGAGGUAAAAUUUCCUUUAUUAUUUAUCAGGGGCCAUCAUAUGAUCCAAAUUGAAUUGUGAAGUGGUAUGCCUCGAUACAAAGACGAGCCUCCUGCAGUCCGCGUUUACACAAUCUGUGAUGAAUCCAAAUAUUUGAUUGUGAGGAAUGUUCCAGCGUUGGGCUGUGGCGAUCAGCUCUCUAAACUAUUCUCCACUUACGGAGAAAUUGAAGAAUGUAAACCAAUGGAUGCUGAAGAUUGCGAGCAGUUUACAGAUGUUUUCUGGAUCAAGUUUUACCGGGUUGACAAUGCCAGGUUUGCCAAAAGGAAACUGGAUGAGUCUGUUUUCCUCGGGAACAGGCUACACGUCUCUUAUGCACCUCAAUUUGAGAGUCUGUUUGAGACGAAGGAUAAGUUAGAAGCUAGGAGGAAGGAAGUUUUAGCACGAUUAAAUCCUGGAAGAUCUAAAGGAUCUGCCACAUAUAGCGCAGAUGUGAUUAGUGAGCCCUCUCCAGCUCAGUUGAAUUCUAUUGUACACUCAGUUGGCUCUAAUCAAAGGCAGAGCUCCAAUUCGCGGUGUAACUCUGCUCAUGACGUACAGUGUUCUCCUGCGACAACAAUUUCAUCAGACAAGGAAUACUUCCCUUCACAGUCUAUGAAUCAAACUGUUAAGCUGGUCAGAGAGAAACUAGAUAAGAUAAAAUCCAGUGUGGACCAUUUGGAAGGUGAACCAUCAAAGAGAAAACGUGUUGAUAAUAGGAGAAGGAUAUAAGUCAUGUUCGGGUGUUGACAAGAGAAUAUAGCUCUGAAUUACAUUUUUUCCCUUUUUUGCCCAUUUUGUCAUGUUUCGUUUUGUUAAAAUCUUUGUAUGCUCUCUUUUCCCUUCAGAAACAUCAAGUCUGUUCCUGAAAAACCUGCCCUUUUUUGUGCUGACUGGUCAAAUCAUUACCUUUUCUCAGUUCAAGUUCAUGAUGUCCAGAAUAUCGCCUGGCAUCAAGAAAAACAAGGUCGUACUUAUUUUUGCCCCCAACUCUUUCCAGUUCCCUCUUUGUUUCUUUGGUGUCAUUGCCAUUACUGUUAAUCCAAUUCAGUUUUAGAACUUCCCAAGCAAGUGAAUAAUUGUAACUCAGAGCUUAUUAUCAUAUUCCUAGAGUAUUU